UUUAACAGUACAACAGACAAAAUUCAAUUUAAAAAGUUUAAUAUUUUCAUGCAUAUUUCAAAAUUAAAACGCCGUACAAAUUGAAGAACUAACCUUUGUUUGCAAUUAACAAUUAACUGGAAUACGAAACGUUCUAGUUUUUGUGCAAUUUAAGCGGAAUAGCCAAUUAUUUGCAAAUAAUUACCAAAACCUUCGACAAUUGUCUAGUCCUUCAAAAUACAAGUCGUGUUAAAUCGGAGCCAGUUUUUAGCUUUAAAAUCAACCAACAAAAUGAAUAAUCUGCCAGGACUUGGCUCAUUGCGAAUGCUGCCCAUUAAUGGAGCUCUCAACCGCUGUCAGAUUUGGCAACGCGCCUUGUCCAAAACGAUAAACAGCCAAAAUUCUAGCGAGGGGCCCGUCUCGGCCAUUUUGUCAACGUACAGAUCCGUACGCUGCCGUCUGAUGCGCAAAAUGUCGGUGGCCAUGAUCCGACGUCGUUCCAGCCUAAACUUUCUGGAGAAGAAGCCCAUCGAUGCCCAGAGCGUCGCGAAUGCCGGGCAUGCUCGGCUGCCGGUGACAAUGCGCCACUAUCCAAAGACGCUCACCCAGAAACGCUCGAGCAUUGGCAUCGAGCCACCGAUGAUGAUGCCCACAUCGAAUGUGUGGGCCAGUUUGCAUGCGCAGCGCAGCUUUGCCACAAUGAGCGACAGACUGGACAGGGCCAAGGCGACAAAGCGGCCCAAGACAUUGACGGAACGGCCCGUGGUGCCCAUACUGGAGCUAAUUAACCCGGAGGAAGCCACCAAGCUGAAGGGCAUUGAGACUGGCGAUGCCGCGCAUAUCAGCAUUUUAAGGUCGUCCAAAUUGACCAAGGAGUCGCCGCCGCUGCCCGUGCCCCGUCUGGCGGGGCCAACGCAAAAGCUGCUGCCAAAUUCUGGAAAGGUUCUGCCCACAAAGGAUAGCGUGCGUCCCAUGGUGCCCAUACUGCGUUUCUUUGAGAAUAAGGAUCAUCUAGAUGGCACCGAAACGUUCCGCAGCAUCUCAACUGGGCCCAAGCCAAAGGAACAACGCCGCCUGGCGCCAUUCCUGCCACUGAGAUGCGAGGCCGACUCGGUAGCCAAGCGUCGCGAGGCACAAAAGGAUUUCGCACUGAGACGCUCCAGCAGCGUUCAGUAUUUGAUGGCCAAGCAUCCAUUGAUGCACAAGCUACGACCGCCAACAUUGUCGAUACUCAAGUCCAACGAGCUGUCCCAGAAUGUGGAGACCUUCGAGACCCGGCUCCGGGCACUGCGCACGGCACAGCCACUCAAACUGAAGGUGCCAUCGCCGGCGGACAUUGAAAGGCUGACCAUAACACAAAAGUACAGGGGCUUCAAGUUGCCGCGUCAGCCGCAGGUGCAAAACACAUUUCCGCGCAUGGGCAAGAAAUAUGGGCCCAAACAGAGUUUCAGAUCGGCCACCGUGGUUCUGCCCAGCAUCAAGGCGUACAGGAUGACGCUGCCAAAGAAGAUCAUACGGAACAAGAAGCCCCGUUACCAGAAACCGGCCCAGAAGCUGCAGCCGACCAAAAGUAUUGAUAUGAACGAGACCACGACAAAGACCAAAAAAAGCCAGAUGAUGUUGAUUCACAACAAACGCCCCGAACGGGAGAAUCUGAACGAUCUGCUGGGCGAUCUGCUGGACAAAAAGAAGCCGUCGACGCCCCAACUGACCGAGAGCAUUUCAUUCCAUAAGAUUGCACCGCUCUUCAAGCUGGUCACGACCAGCGUGGAGGGUCGCAGCAAUUUGCACAACAGACGAUUCGAGAAGCAGCUGGAAAGCCCACAGCUAUAUAGGCAUCCGAUCAUCAGGAAUAUAAAUCAAUCGCCGAGCGUUAAUCGGCGUGCCAUAUUUAUGGGGCAAUCGGCUGCGUAUCGGGCCAAAGCCAUAUUGGAGAACAAGCUGAACAUACUCUUAAGGGCCGACCAGGAGGAGGACGACGAGGAAGAGGACGAGGACGCUAACUAAAGUACAGGCAAACCAUAAAAAUAAAUACAAUCCGAUUGUUAUAGGCAAUACAAUCAUUUUGUGUCUAUGGCAACAAAUCGACAAAUCGUGCAUAACAGAAAACCAAAAAAUAUUUCAAUCAUUUUCUCAACAACAUUUGCUAAAUAUUCUGGUUAACUAUGAAAUUUACACACAAUUUAAUAUGUUAUACAAAUGUUUUACAAAAUUCAAUGUGCCAACCGUUCAAUUAAUUGUAUAUAAGAUAAUAUAAUCGUUAAAUCGCA